AUGGCGCGCGCGGCGGCGGUCGCGGUGCUGACGCUGGCGCUGCUCGGGGUCGCGGCCGGCGACGGCGACGACUUCCGCCUGGACGACGCCCUGGACGGCCCCGACACGAAGCCGACGCCCAAGGCCCCGACGCCCAGGAAGCCGUCGGGCGGCUUCGACCUGGAGGACGCCCUGGCCGGCGGCGGUGACGCGGGCGCAGGCGAGGCCCCGGGGAAGCGGCCCAAGCCGGAUCCGAAGCCGCCCCGGGAGCCCGGAGACUCAGGCGGGAUCUCGGACCGCGACCUGGAGGACGUCGCCGGACGCGGAGGAGGCGGAGCCGGGCGCGGCGGCCAGGACGGCGGAGGGGCGGAGCCGGCAGGGCCGCCCCAGGGCGUGGUCCCGGGCGUGGUCGCCGCCGUGGUGGCCGCCGUGGCCGGCGCCGUCUCCAGCUUCGUGGCCUAUCAGCGGCGGCGCCUGUGCUUCCGGGAGGGCGGCUCCGCCCCCGUGUAGAGGACGACGGCGACGUCGCGGCCCAGGCCGCCCAAGCCCCGCCCCUCGGUGACGUCAUCAGCGCUGCUCAUUUCCAUAUGCGAACCCCACGGUGACGUCAUCGCCUUGACCCCGACGCGGCCCCGCCCCCCACCAUCCCCGUCCGACCCCGGCUCCGCCCCCUGUCCCUGUGUCAGUGACGUCAUCGCGGCCACCGACCCCGCCCACCCCCGACGGACCCCCAGUGACCUCACCGCCCCGGCGCCCGGUCCCCGUGGGCGUCCCCCUGCCUCCGCGCUGCGUCCUCCCCGGGAUGGGGCAGG